AUGAAAUCCACGACAGGCCAAAUGGGCACUGUCCCUGGGGGGCUAUGCUUUGGCCCCAGGCAGUGCUGGGCUCUUCUGCAGCUAUUGCUUCUGGGCCUGGCUGUAGGUGCCCAGGAUCUUCUGCCCCCAACAGCAGCACCGUGGAGCAGGGAUCCAGGCCUCAGAGCCCGAGCAGGAAGCAGCCCCUCCAGCCUGCAGAAACUGUGGGGCAGGUUCCCACUCCAGCCUGGGCCCCAGGGGGCAGGCCCCAGAUGCUGGUUCCAUGGGUUUUGGUCUGAGCCUCAGUCACCAUGGUUCAUCUUUGGUGGUGGAACCCAACUCACUGUCCUAGACCAGCCCAAGUCUGCUCCCUUGGUCACUCUGUUCCCACCCUCCUCUGAGGAGCUCCAGGUCAACAAAGCCACACUGGUGUGUCUGAUGAAUGACUUCUACCCGGGCACUGUGAUGGUGGCCUGGAAAGCUAAUGGCACCACCAUCACCCAGGGUGUGGAGACCACCCAGCCCUCCAAACAGAGAAAUAACAAGUAUAUGGCCAGCAGCUACCUGACUGUGACACCUGACCAGUGGAUAUCUCAUGGCACAUACACCUGCCAGGUCACACAUGAAGGGAGCACUGUAGAAAAGAAUGUGUCUCUGGCAAAGUGUUCCUGGUCUCCAACCCUCACCCCAUAUGCAGAGACCUAG